CUCAAAACCAAAGUUGCUCACUCCUUCACACAUGCUCCAAAGUCCCCACUUCUUCUUCUUCAAUCUCUUUUCAUACCUCCACACCAUUGCUUAACGUUUCUCUCUCCAAUCCACCGGAAAGAAGAUGAUAUCGUGGCACGACCUCUACACGGUCCUCACGGCCGUAAUACCUCUUUACGUCGCUAUGAUCCUCGCCUACGGCUCUGUACGGUGGUGGAAAAUAUUCUCUCCUGAUCAAUGCUCAGGAAUCAACCGUUUCGUGGCCAUCUUCGCCGUCCCUCUCCUCUCUUUCCAUUUCAUCUCCACAAACAAUCCAUACGCCAUGAACCUCCGUUUCAUAGCAGCCGACACUCUCCAAAAAAUCCUCAUGCUCGCACUUUUAGUCCUCUGGGCUAACUUCACCCGCUCCGGUAGCCUCGAGUGGAGCAUCACAAUCUUCUCCCUCUCCACUCUUCCCAACACACUCGUCAUGGGAAUCCCUCUCUUGAUCGCCAUGUACGGUGAAUACGCCGGUUCACUCAUGGUCCAAGUCGUAGUCCUCCAGUGUAUCAUCUGGUACACGCUUCUCCUCUUCCUCUUCGAGUUUCGCGGCGCCAAGAUGCUCAUCAUGGAGCAGUUCCCCGAGACGGCUGCUUCCAUAGUUUCCUUCAAGGUUGAAUCUGACGUCGUUUCACUGGACGGCCAUGACUUUCUUGAAACGGACGCAGCGAUAGGUAACGACGGGAAGCUUCACGUCACCGUGAGGAAGUCAAAUGCUUCCCGUCGUUCCUUCUGCGGGCCUAACAUGACUCCACGUCCGUCUAAUCUCACCGGAGCUGAGAUUUAUAGCCUAAGCACCACUCCUAGAGGCUCAAACUUCAACCAAUCAGACUUUUACUCGAUGAUGGGUUUCCCCGGUGGCCGUCUCUCCAAUUUCGGUCCGGCUGACAUGUACUCCAUGCAGUCUUCAAGAGGUCCCACUCCGAGACCUUCGAAUUUCGAGGAGAAUUGCGCCAUGGCUUCCUCCCCGAGAUUCGGGUAUCACCCAGGAGUGGGAGGCGGGUCUUACCCGGCUCCCAAUCCUGAGUUCUCUUCAACAACGGCUACAUCUACAGCCAACAAAGCUGUUGGUAAAACUCCUAAAGACACCAACUCAAAUCUUCAAACAAGCGACAAGUCAAACAAUCAUGACGCGAGCUCCAAGGAACUACACAUGUUCGUGUGGAACUCCAACGGGUCACCAGUUUCGGACCGGGCAGGUCUUAACGCCCCUGAUACGGGAUCAAACAAUGAACAAGGCGGAAGAUCCGACCAAGGUGCUAAAGAGAUCAGGAUGUUAGUCCCCGACCAAUCUCAGAACAGUGAAAACAAAGCUCUAGCUCGCCCCGCGAGUGGUGACUUGGGGAGAGAAGAAGAAGGAGAGAGAGCAAAUGACGCUGAGAACGGACUGAACAAACCUGCUCCUAAUGCGGUGCUACAAGCGAAGACAGGGCUCGGAGCCGUGGCUGGAGGUGAAGCAAGUCAAGCGAAACAUAUGCCUCCGGCUAGUGUGAUGACGAGGCUGAUACUGAUCAUGGUGUGGAGGAAGUUAAUCAGAAACCCAAACACUUACUCUAGCCUCAUUGGUCUCAUCUGGGCUCUCGUUGCUUUCCGGUGGCACGUGGCAAUGCCCAAAAUAAUACAGCAAUCUAUCUCCAUUCUAUCUGAUGCUGGUCUUGGAAUGGCAAUGUUCAGUUUGGGGUUGUUCAUGGCGUUGCAACCCAAAUUAAUCGCUUGUGGGAACUCAGUGGCAACAUUUGCGAUGGCGGUAAGGUUCCUCACAGGUCCGGCCGUGAUGGCUGUUGCUUCUAUAGCUAUUGGAUUGCGUGGUGAUUUAUUGCGUGUCGCCAUUGUUCAGGCCGCAUUGCCUCAAGGGAUUGUACCGUUUGUGUUUGCAAAAGAGUACAAUGUCCAUCCUGCUAUUUUAAGUACAGGGGUAAUAUUCGGAAUGCUUAUAGCACUUCCUAUCACGUUGGUUUACUACAUUCUACUCGGGUUAUAAGCUUUUAAUUACGUGAACCCUUAAGGUGGAGCGUGUAGAGGGAGAAGAAAGAAAAGAACACAAGAGAGUGUUUCAACUUGUGGGUUAGAGUAUAUAAGUAAAACUAUAGAGUAGCAUAAUUGAAGGAGGAUGAUGCCUACAUCACAAACCAAGAAACCCUUUCUUCUCCAUAUAGAAUAUUGGGAGAUAAUAAGAACGAGACAGUGGGACGCAUAUAAGGAGGAGCAAAACAUGGGGCAACGAAACAACAAAGAUGAAUAAAAUAUUGGAGGAAGAAGAUUUUUGUAACUUUUUAUAAGGAGCACCAAACCCCCUAUCGUUUUCAUGUGUUCUUUAAUUAGAUUGAUUUCGGGCGACAAUUGAAUUGAUUACUGUGUAGUUUUUGUUUCUUAGCGAAGAAAAGUGUGGUUUUCAAUUUCCCUAGUUCAAGUUUUUACAUAAGCAACAUAACGCUUUUAAAAGCAGUGUUAUUCGUCUUAAAUUGCUGAAAUUUUAAUAAGUUUUGUAAUAAAGUGGGUGGAUUUACUGAUCCUUGUCUGCUGUGAUAAUGAGAAUGGUAGUGGAAGCAAUGAGUUGUACGCUUUGGCACUGAAAGC